AUGUCUCAUCAACACACGUUCAAAGCCCUAGAUAGGACACUAAGAGAUUUAAUGUCUACGGAAGAUUCAACAGCUAGCGAAAAAAUGUUUGGUGGGAAAACUGUGCUUCUAUGGGGAGAUUUCUGUCAAAUACUCCCAGUAAUAACACAUGGGACACGAGCAGAUACAGUUCUAGCGUCUAUAAGCAAGUUAUAUAUAUGGGACGCAUGCAACAUUUAUCACUUAGUAAAAAACAUGAGAAUACACCAGUCAGAAACAGGUUUUGCUACUUGGUUGCUAAGUGUAGGCGAUGGAACAACCCCGGAGUGUGAUCGUAACAAGGAAAAUAUGAAUGACAAAGGAAAACAGGUGAUCAUUGGAAACAACUUCCUUCUGGAACCUACUGGAGAUCCACUACAGCAAAUUUCUCAAACAUCAAGAAAGCCACAACUCGCCCUUCAAAGCAAAACUGAAGCCCUAACAGAAAGUGCUAUUCUAACUCCAAGGAACGAAACAGUGGAUGACAUUAAUGCAUACAUUUUAGCAGAAGUAGAAGGAGAGUUAAAAGAAUAUUUCAGCUAUGAUAGCAUCGGUAAGGCGGAUACAAUCGGGGACGACUAUGGAGUAUUUAAACUCCCUAGAGUAUCCAGGCAUGCCGAAACAUAA